AAAAGAUUGAUUCCCCAACUCUCCCUCCUCCUCCUCUCUCUCUCUCCUCACCGCCCAUUCUCAAUCCCUUCUCUCUCUCUUCUUUUUUUUUUCUCAUUCUCUUCACACAUUUGUUCUGACAAUUCCCUCUCUCUGUCUCUCUGUUUGGUUUAAGAUAGAUAGAUAUUGUGUCAGAAAUCAGAACUGAAGUUUCCUUUUGUCCUUCUGAGCAAGGAGGCCCCUUUGUGUCAGAAGAAAAUCUUGGUGUCCAACUCUUGUUUCUCUUUCAUUCCAUCACAAACCCUUCAUCUAUAUAUACACACACACACACCCAACUCUCCAAAACCCUAAAUUUUGCUCUCACUCUCUUACUUUCUCCAUAUACCCUCUCUUCAGCCCUUCAUGACUCCUCAGCCCUUACUCAUGAAACCUAAUUCUAUCAAAACUAGGUUUGCUUAUGGGUUUCUAAGAGCCCUAAACAGUCUGAACAAGAACAAACCCUCUUCACCAUCGUCUCCAAAAGUGAUUUUUCGACGAUGUCGGAUGAUAAAACUGGCUGCUGAUGCAUCCAUGGCUUCUGCAGUUGGAUCAAGGAGGGCUUGGAGCCGGGCUGUGCUUUGCAAAAUUCGAUGCCAGCGUGCCUUGGCGAUGAGAGGAAGAAUAAGAUCUGGUGGCUUCAGAAGGAGAUCAGGUGCUGGAAAAGGGUUUGGUGUUGGCCAAACCGAUGGGCUCAGAAAGCUCGUACCGGGCGGUGGAGCCAUGGAUUUGUGCUGCUUGUUGGAUGAAACUGCACACUACAUCAAGUGCCUUACCACCCAGGUACAGGUCAUGAGAAAUAUUGUUGAUAUUUGCUCUACUUGAGUCUUCUGUAAUUGCCUUGUGUUGUUAUAUAGAUAAAUACAAUACAAAUAAAUCCAAUCCACAGAGAGAGAGAGAGAGAGAGGAGGGGGGGGGGGAGGGGGUUAUCACGGAUGUAAUUUACAGUUUCUGGCAAGAGAUAGCUUGAAGAGAAACUUGGGUUUUUUAUUUGCAGAAGUAGAGAAGUAAAAUAGCCAUGACCCAUGUACCAAUGUAAAUUAUACAGAUAUGUGGCUUUUAUUGCCUGUGUGUACAUACAGAGCUGGUUUGUAAUUCUACACUUUUACUAUCUUGUCACAAUUUGCUUGCUUUUUCUUGAUU